AUGUCUGAUUACAGAUUUCAUAAUCACAACCAUCAUGUUCAUCCACGAGAUGGCGCACUAUGCAAAUAGAAACACUUGUAAUUCUGCUGAACAGUGCCUGCGUCAUCGUUAGAGAGAGAUUUCUGUUGGCAGGGCACAGGCAGGGAGUGGGACAAUGUACAAGUCAGCAGCGAUGGAUCUACAUAUGUCGGGACUGUCAGGAUAAUGCAACGUAGUCGUAGCCCCUCUUCGCUGCCCUUUGCCUGCCUUUCGUUUUACCCCCAGUAUUGUGGUGAUUGACUGGCCAUGGGGGAAGAAACUUGCCAAAGGCUUUAAAAUGCGCGGCAUAUAUGUAUAUCAUCAGAAGUGUUAAUGUUCUUUCUCAGUUGGGUUAGCGAUAUUAUUGGCUAACUGAACUAGCAAGUUGCUAGUCUUCAUUAACUAGCUGUAGCAGGCUUCCGAGCCAUCGUAGUAGCAUUAGCUUCUUUCUCCAUGGAUGCACAAUGAGACCUCGACACUAUAACGUCUUCCAACGUUACAUGUUUCGUUAAUGUUGUUUGUCACUGCCAGGCAACAUCAUGAAUCUGGUGCGCCUGCUGUGCCGACACAAGACUGCGCUGGUGAUCGGAGUGCUCUGCCUCUUCGCUGUGGUGCUGGUGUUCCUGGCCAAGUGCACCUCUGAGACGUUAAAGCAGACAGACUCCCCUGGCCAGGCUCCUCACGCCGAGGCGCGCGCUGUCGCCGCUGCUGCCGACCACGCUGAUGCCCCCCCUCGUGCCAAAGAGCUCUCUGCCUUCCUGGUGGUGCUGAUCACCACGGGCCCCAAGUACACUGAGCGGCGCAGCAUCAUCCGCAGCACGUGGCUGUCGCGGCGCGACCCCGACGUGCUGGCGCUGUUCGUGGUGGGCACAGAGGGUCUGGCGCCCGAGGAGCUGCAGAGCCUGGGCACGGAGCAGACGCGCCACCGUGACCUGCUGCUGCUGCCCGAGCUGCGGGACUCGUACGACAACCUCACGGCCAAGCUGCUGCACAUGUACUCCUGGCUGGACCGCAGCGUGGACUUCCACUACGUGCUCAAGGCCGACGACGACACGUUCGCCCGGCUGGACCUGCUGAAGGAGGAGCUGAAGGCGCGUGAGGCGGCGGCGGUCGGAACCGACCGCCUCUACUGGGGUUUCUUCUCUGGACGUGGACGGGUCAAGGCAGCGGGGAAGUGGAAGGAGAGCACCUGGGAGUUGUGUGACUACUACUUGCCGUACGCCCUGGGCGGUGGCUACGUGCUCUCGGCCGACCUGGUGCGCUACGUGCGCCUCAACGCCGCCUACCUGAAGACGUGGCAGAGCGAGGACGUGUCGCUGGGCGCCUGGCUGGCGCCUGUGGACGUCAAGCGGCUCCACGACCCGCGCUUCGACACGGAGUACAAGUCGCGCGGCUGCAGCAACAAGUACCUGGUGACGCACAAGCAGAGCCUGGAGGACAUGCUGGAGAAGCAGCAGACGCUGCAGCGCGACGGCCGCCUGUGCAAGGAGGAGGUCAAGCUGCGUCUGUCCUACAUCUACGACUGGAGCGUGCCGCCCUCGCAGUGCUGCCAGCGCAAGGACGGCAUCCCCUGAUCUCAUACCUCUCAGCCCCUGGGUGGACUCUGGUUCAUGUUGCCAUGUUUGUUAUUUAUUUAUUUAUUGUAUCCGGUGAUGUGGGCUUGGCCCUGAGUAGUUGUGUGGGUGAAUGUGGGUCAUGCUGGGAGAUGUCAUGGGAGACCUGGGGGAGGGGGGAGGGUCAGUGGGGCUUUAGGAGCUCUGAGUUUGUUAUUAUCAUUUAAUAACACGGAGGACUUUGGACACUCCCACCACCAACACGGUUGUCUCACUGGACUGGAGCCCUUUCUGAGUGGAGUGGAGUGGUGACUGUAGGUGGUUGUCAGGAGGACAUGGGCCAAAUCUCACUCCUCUUAUGUGAAAGCUGAAUCCCCUCUGGCUGCUGAAGCACAGUGCAUCCCAACCCCCAGCCAUAUAGAGCUGUAGUGAUUCUGUUGUUGCUGUGGGGUUUCCUCUGUCUGUAGGCUUCAGCUUCUCCGCCCUGGUUCAGAGGGGGUUGGGUUCAUCUGCCAUUCCUCCACACCUGCUUCAAGUGUGCUGUUAGAUGCCUCACGUGUGUGAACGUGGGAAUGUUGUGUUUACAAAGACCCUUCAUGCUUUAAAGCACAGAGGCUUUAUGUGUUUGAACCCCUUUCUCCCUUUCUGUGAAAUAUAAAAGCACAGGUUGGCCCAGGGGGCUAUGGAAGGGCUGAAUGAGGGUUGAAAGGCUGAAUGCUGUAUGACAGCAUGCCCCCACGCCCCCCAUGCCAUUUCACCAGAUUCAUAUCAAUCACUGACCUCAUUCUUCACCACCAAAGGGAUAAGAAACCUACACGACAUCACCAACGUUCACUACAAGGUUGACUGCUGAUUGUUUGUCACACGCUCACUUUAUCUCGGUCAUUCUACCGAGCACAUACAGAACAGCAUGGUCUCAGAGUAUUGGGGAUCUCUGGGAUCGUGACGCAGACCUCCGUUCAGAUUACAUUCUUUGACUUUAAACUGUGCUUGGUGUCCUCCAGUCUGUGGGAUGUAUGUAUUUGAAAUGUAAUUAUGCAACAACAAAACAAUUCUGCAUAACCAGUGGCCUGAUAAGUUUGAGUAUGAUUGUGUCCUUGAAUAUUUUACAGGUUAUUAAAAUGUUUUUUUUAAAAGUGUC